UCCAUGAAUUGACUUUCAUGUUCUGCGGUUUUGUUUGUAUUUAAAUUCUGACGCGGCACAUAACUUCGGCAUCGAUUAAACUAAUUUUAAAAAUGUUUACCACAAAACACAAUGAAUGCGUUGGAUUUGAAUCGAAUUGGAAAGUCAAGAGAGUUUAUUCAAGUACUGAAAGUCAGACUACGGAAUUUGCGGUAGCCGAGCAGGAAACGAGUACUGCCCCGAAAGAGAGUAUAAUGAUUCAAACAGAUUCUCAACCACCUCCUAAACUGACCGAAGAAGUUGAUAUGGAUAAAGUGGCAGGAUUUCUGCACACCAUUUACCCGAAUUUGAAAAAAGCAAUUGACGAUUGCAAUAAUUCGCGUGCUUUUAGAGGAUACAAAAGACAGAGCGACAUAGAAGAAGUGGAGUGUAAACUUGUCCAAAUUGUGAAUGCACCCAGAAUCGGCGAGGAAGGUGAUAGUUCAUCAAAAAAAGUAUCAUCUUUAACGUGGAAUCAGUCUGGUAAAUCAUUGGCGUUUUCUUGCAAUUUUGAACACAAAUCAUGGUGUUAUCACCAAGGAUCAGUGUACAUUUACACUUUAUUAGGCAAUGGCAAAUUACCGGACCACCCAAAGAAAACAUUGACGACAGAAAGUUGUGUGGUCUCAUUGAAAUUUCAUCCGAUACGACCAAGUGUAUUAGCAGGAUCUACUUAUACUGGAACCGUUGUUAUUUGGAAUUUUCAAAACGACAGUGGCGACGAGGUAAUAGCUACCAAAAGUGUUCAUGAUGAAGUUGUAACGCAAAUUUUGUGGACAAAUGAUGUUGAUCCAGAAAAAACAUUACUCUUAGUUACUACAAGUACGGAUGGAUUGUUGAAAUUAUGGAGAUACGAUCCGAACGCUAGAGACGAGGGGCAAAUAUUAAGUCUUAGAACUAGGUAUAAGGUAAAACCUCCUUUGUUUAAUAAUAUGCAAAAAUAUGAACCUGAUAACGAUGAAGAAGCUCCAUUACACAUCAUUACAAAAGAGUCAAACGGAGUAGUUUGCUUCGAUUUUUCAAAUUUUUUUCCAGACAUGUUUUUGGUUGCCUUAGAAGGUGGUUAUGUAGUUCAGUGUUCUCUGUUAGGGGCUACAGAGCUAAAAGGUAGUACGAAAUAUGAACCGUUAUAUGAUCCGUCCUUUAAAUAUUACGAGCCACAUCAGGGAGAAGUAAUUUCCAUUGCUUUCUCUCCAAAUCGCAAAGAACAGUUUAUGACUUAUGGGACUGAUUCUGAAAUAAGAAUUUAUUUGCUAGGCCAGGAGGAUCCAGCACAAUUAAUUUUUCUCAAAACAACUUUAUUGGACGUGACGUUUGUGCCUUUCGAAGAUAAACUAGUAGCAGGGUGUGGCCUCAAUGGAUUCAUGGAAAUUUUCCAUGUCCAAAAAGCCACACGAAUCGAAAAUGGUGCAGAGAUUCCGGUUAAAAAAAGAAGCGUUUCUACUAGUCUUUCAAUAAACGCGGCAAGAAACAAUUUGGUCGCUAUUGGUUCUGCAAAUGGUGACAUUCAGCUGUGGACUAUACCCUGGAGUUCUUUGGUUAACAAAUAAUUUUAGAACAUAAUUUUUCUAUAAAAAUAUACGUGUAUAUUAUGUACAUAACAUAAUAUGAUCUGAUUAUAUUAAAUGAUAGUUUCAACAGAAAAA